CUCGCAGUAAACUCUAUCACUUAGUCGUUGGUUAGUCCUUUGUACAGAUAACAGAACUCGGUGCCGCUCUGUGUUUCUUGUUGGGCUGUGAAUGUCUUAAUGGGUGAUUUGGAAUCGAUCCAGAAAGGAUGCUUCGGAAAUUGCAUUGAUAAUCGCAGUGUUUGUCAAAGUCAUAGAUGUCACAGUGUUGUGCAAGGGUUAUUAAUUGGUUUAAUGGCUGUUAUCAAAGCUCACCGAUAGACUUGACAGAGACCAGACAAAGGUUAGGACAAUGUCAGUUAGGUGUUUGUCUUGUAGAGAGACUGAUAUGUGGGUCGGGACAGACAUUAGUAAUGUUAGUUUAGGCGUAGGCUAGAUACUCAGCCUAUAUAGAGUAGAGUUUGGGGCAGUCGGGACACAGCGCCAUGUAGUGUUAGCAGGGGCGUGUGUCGUGUGCUAGGCGUUUUCUGGUAGACGACACAUACAGACAUUGGGAGCAAGUCGCCGAGGUUGGCUCGCGAUCUUGGCUCCAAGAUGUGUGAGUUGUUUGCCAGAGACAACAUGUAGGAACUAAUUCUUAAGGACCAGGGUAAGAAGAAAUGUUUUUAUUUGUUAUAUAUCUAGCAUUAGAUGUUAAUAGAUUAUGAAUAAAUAGUAUGGCGCUUUAGCUAGUUGUUAGCGAUAUCUUGAUUAUUUGUCUAUUUAGAGUGACAGUCUUGGCGACUGUCUGAGUCUUAGUGACAUUCUGACGGUCAGAGACGGUAGAUCUAUAUAUGGUGUAUCCUUGCCUGCUACUCAAGGGGAUAUCACUCUAGUAUUGAGCGGACUGUGACGUUGGGUUCCAGGAUCCGUGCAGAGACUAGAGAGAGAGAGAGAGAGAGAGAGAGAGACAAGAGAAAUGGAAAGUUCAUCGUGACCUACAGCCAAGCAUCAAUGUCUAUGUGAUUAUUAAAUUUUAAUUCUAGAAUCACAUGUUAUAUGUAACUAUAGUUGUUAAUUAAAUAUUUAUUUUUCAUAUGCAAAUUUGUGUCCAGAGAUCAUGAUUUAUAUCAUUAUUGAAUAUUGUGGUCUUUAAUCCAUAGUCAUCUGUGAUGUGUGUGUUUUAUCAGCUAAAUUACAUCAGUAAGAAUCACCCUAGACGUAUAGCCAUCAAGAGCUGAUAUCAAGAUCUUGACAAUUGGGGCCUCGUCUAAAGUUUUAUUUUAAUUUUCUACGACACUUUAAUGAUGUCUGGGGGCUAAUGAAUAACUGGGACCUGUUAUUUUUCUUUAAGUGAAAAUACUUUAGUUAUACUUGAUAUAGUAUUGACAUUUAUUUUUUUAUCCAUCAUAGUAUUGAGAAAAUUGUAUUUUGCUUGUAAAGGUUUGGACGAAUAUUCACUGCUUAGAAUUAGCAUUAAGUAGAGUUUCUGUUUACACUUGUAAUACCAUGAUUGUAUUUUUCAAGAUUUUUUUUUUUUCUACAUUUUGUUUUCUGCCUAGCAUUUGUUGUGGUACAGGUGAAUUGGCUGUUUGGCAGUGGACGUCACACAUGAUCUAUUUUUAGACUGUCACUCCUGAUUCCUGCGCCCAUUGUCUUGGGGCCUUCGUGUAUCCACGGUUUGAGGGUAACGUAGUUAUCUUCAGCGCGUGUUUUUUCAAUGUUUAGGUAAGCUGUAUGAUGUAGUGAGAUAGGUGUAAGUUUUCUUGUUUUUAUUUUUGAUAGGGAGCUUAGGGAUUUCAUAGAGGUGGGAUAGAAAGAGGUGGACAUUAUUUUUAAAGCAUAAUUACUGCACUGGGCAGUGUUACAUUUAUACUGUGCUUAUACUGUGUUUUUUGCAGGCAGACAGGGGCGAGUUAUUGUUUGGAGAAGGUAGAAGGGGGUUGGACCUGUAUGUUCGCGUUGGGCAAACGUAUAGUGUCGUUGUCCUCAGUUAUUUUUUUUUCUUGCUUUUUAGCUUGUUAAGUUUUGUAGAUGGUUAGCCAGGUGAGCAGUACUGUUGGCCAGUUGUUUUUUUUGUUGCCAUUUUGGUGUUUUGAUAGGCGGGAUAGGGGGUUUGAGAGACAGACAAUGGCGUUGGGUCAUGUAGUGUCUACCCCACCCAUGUAUUUUAGUAAUGCCUAUCAAACCUUGUAGUUGUUAAUGGAAGUUUUGGAAUUUCGUUUCCAGUGCCAUGCCAGAGGGCAGGGACAUUUGUUUUUCUUCUCCCUCUUAGUUGAGGUCGAGCGUUGAUUUUUUUUACCUGGUGUGUCCUUGUUGUACGGAUUCAUGGUAGUUAAGUCACAGGGUGACGUAAUGAUUUUUUGUUGUUGCGGCAAGAGUUGUUUUUUUUUACAGUGGGUCUCGAGUUUUGUUGGGCCUGGUUUCAGUUUUUUGUAUGCCGUCUAUUUUUUUUGCUUGAACGUGUUGAUGAUAGUUGGCUAUAGCUCUAUAUAGAAUAUCCGACAUUAGGUAUGUCGUGGAUUUUUUUAUUUCAGUGAGAUGUUGCUGUGUUGACAGAUCAUCAGUUUAUCAAGGUCAUUUGAUUAGUUUGUUCAACGUUUGAUAUUACUAAGAUGUUAAAGUUUAGGCCUGACGAGCUUGAAUUGGUUUUGAUUUUUUUUACAUAGAUUUUUUUUUUUUUUUUUUUUUUUUUUUGUUGGCAAAUAUUUGAGCUUUAGCUGAGUUAUGGCGAUUAAUGUACACGCUAUCUAGAUAGCUCAGAAAAUUGGCGUUUAGGGACAUUUGUAUCCAAGGUGGAACAUGAGUUGUUUGUUGAAGAGUCAAGUGAGUCCUUCUAAUGGGGGAGGGUGCAUAACAGACACUGAAGUAAAUGACAAAGCGUUGUUUUUUUUCUACGACAUGUGUGAUGGACACUGGCAAUGAGUACAGCCAUUUGACCAAUUUCUAUUCUAUUGCAGGGAUGCUAAUGAAUUUUGUAUUUUCAUUUUAUUAUCAUUAUGUUUUAGUUACUUAUAGAUUGAAUUACACUGUUCUAUAUUUAGGUCGAUCAAUAAUAUGCAAGUGUAGCUUACAAUCAGAAAAAAAUUGUCCAUGAUUAGAUGAUAUCAUUUUUCUUUCUUUUAGUUUUAUUUUAAUUCGUGUUUUACUUGCACUCGAGAUUUGAUUGGCAGAAUUGCAUUUUCACUUUGAUGUAUAUUUUUUUUUUGUAAAUCUACUUGCAGAGAUUCAUGACUAUAUUAUUUGAUGAUUAAAGUUGAAGUUUGUGACAGUUGCAGUGCAGAUAUAUGAGAUGGCGAUGUUCACAUGUUUAUUUUGAUUUUUUUUUCUUUCUUCUUAAUUACAACCACUUUGUUUAUGAUUUUAUAAUCUUAUUCCAGUGUGCUACAGUUGCCUUAAGUCUUUGGUAGGCAAUGCUGCAAGUGUUCUAUAACAUUAUUUUUAUGUCUCAUUAUAGUUCCAGAAUUUGUUCUCAAAAUGUGAGGUGGUAGAGGCAGUUUAGACAGUCGCAUUAGUGUGACUUUGGUUGCAAAUAUUGCAACAAAAGUCAAAGGAGAAGGGGAAGAUGUCACAGUGUUGUGCAAGGGUUAUUAAUUGGUUUAAUGGCUGUUAUCAAAGCUCACCGAUAGACUUGACAGAGACCAGACAAAGGUUAGGACAAUGUCAGUUAGGUGUUUGUCUUGUAGAGAGACUGAUAUGUGGGUCGGGACAGACAUUAGUAAUGUUAGUUUAGGCGUAGGCUAGAUACUCAGCCUAUAUAGAGUAGAGUUUGGGGCAGUCGGGACACAGCGCCAUGUAGUGUUAGCAGGGGCGUGUGUCGUGUGCUAGGCGUUUUCUGGUAGACGACACAUACAGACAUUGGGAGCAAGUCGCCGAGGUUGGCUCGCGAUCUUGGCUCCAAGAUGUGUGAGUUGUUUGCCAGAGACAACAUGUAGGAACUAAUUCUUAAGGACCAGGGUAAGAAGAAAUGUUUUUAUUUGUUAUAUAUCUAGCAUUAGAUGUUAAUAGAUUAUGAAUAAAUAGUAUGGCGCUUUAGCUAGUUGUUAGCGAUAUCUUGAUUAUUUGUCUAUUUAGAGUGACAGUCUUGGCGACUGUCUGAGUCUUAGUGACAUUCUGACGGUCAGAGACGGUAGAUCUAUAUAUGGUGUAUCCUUGCCUGCUACUCAAGGGGAUAUCACUCUAGUAUUGAGCGGACUGUGACGUUGGGUUCCAGGAUCCGUGCAGAGACUAGAGAGAGAGAGAGAGAGAGAGAGAGAGACAAGAGAAAUGGAAAGUUCAUCGUGACCUACAGCCAAGCAUCAAUGUCUAUGUGAUUAUUAAAUUUUAAUUCUAGAAUCACAUGUUAUAUGUAACUAUAGUUGUUAAUUAAAUAUUUAUUUUUCAUAUGCAAAUUUGUGUCCAGAGAUCAUGAUUUAUAUCAUUAUUGAAUAUUGUGGUCUUUAAUCCAUAGUCAUCUGUGAUGUGUGUGUUUUAUCAGCUAAAUUACAUCAGUAAGAAUCACCCUAGACGUAUAGCCAUCAAGAGCUGAUAUCAAGAUCUUGACAAUAGACUGGUUUGAUCUCAACGUAAAGUACACAAAUCACCAACGAAACAUCUUUGAAAUCAACACAGGGAUUUGAGUUUAGCCAGUUUCUUGUUACCUGUAACAUUGUUGAGCUAGAGCCUUGACCUUUACAUAGAUUUACAUCUAGGCUACAUUAAGAAAACAAAUGUAUGGACUUUGGUCUGAUUGAGAAAACGUUUUAAAUAUUGAAGCAUGCUAAUAGUUUAGCCAGCGGAUAGGUUCUUUUCAAUGCAUCUUUUUUAAAGUAAAUGUCACUGUAUCUUUAUAUUUUAUUGAAUCCUGUUUCCUGAAGACAGAAAGUGUGUUUUAAGAUCAGACUCUGCUAUUGUGUCUGCUAUCGCUGGAUGGUCAUUGUUCUCUUCUUAACGAACUCCGAUCUAGUGAAGGUCUUAAUUAAAACAAUACGUGAUAACCGUGUGAUUGCCAGUAGUGUCAGAGCAUGACAUCUAGAGUGCUGUAGUGUUCAGGAGUAUAGCAGAUCACGUGACAUCUAGAGUGCUGUAGUGUUUAGGAGUAUAGCAGAUCACGUGACAUCUAGAGUGCUGUAGUGUUCAGGAGUAUAGCAGAUCACAUGACAUCUAGAGUGCUGUAGUGUUCAGGAGUAUAGCAGAUCUAUUGACUGUAUAGUUCACAGUGACCGAGGAGCAGUUAACAAUGUUGGAUACAAUGCGAGGCAUAGUAUUCAAGAAAAGUAGCCCCAACGGAAAAAUCACAACAUAUUUGGGAAAGAGAGAUUUCAUUGAUCAUUUGUCUCACAUAGAUCCAAUAGAUGGAGUCAUCUUGGUGGACCCAGAAUAUCUUAAGGACAGAAAAGUCUUUGCCCACAUCCUGGCCGCCUUUCGCUAUGGACGUGAAGACCUGGAUGUGCUCGGCCUUACCUUCAGGAAGGACUUGUACCUGUCUUCUAUGCAGGUUUACCCACCAUUAAAGGAUUCCAAGGAGUCUAAGCCACUCACUCGGUUGCAGGAACGCUUAAUAAAGAAGUUAGGACCCAAUGCCUAUCCUUUUUUCUUUGAGCUUCCACCCAAUUCUCCAGCUUCUGUCACCCUCCAACCUGCUCCUGGAGACACUGGCAAGCCCUGUGGUGUUGAUUAUGAACUGAAGACCUUCGUUGCUGACAAUAUAGAUGAGAAACCUCACAAAAGGAAUUCUGUCAGACUUGCCAUUCGUAAACUAACCUAUGCCCCUGAAGAACCAGCCCCACAGCCCAAUGCUGAAGCAGUCAAAGACUUUAUCAUGAGUCCAGGGAGCAUCAGGCUCGAAGCUUCACUGGACAAGGAAAAAUAUUAUCAUGGAGAGAGUAUUGCCAUCAAUGUCUUGGUAGACAACAAUACCAACAAGACAGUGAAGAAAAUCAAAAUAUCAGUGCGGCAGUUUGCGGACAUUUGUCUGUUCUCCACUGCCCAGUAUAAAUGUACAGUGGCCGAGCUGGAGAGCGAGGAAGGAUUUCCAAUUCAGCCCAGUCAGACUGGAUUCUGUAAAGUCUACCACCUGACUCCCCUGCUCUUAAACAAUCGUGAUAAACGGGGGCUGGCCUUGGAUGGCAAACUGAAACACGAAGACACCAACCUGGCUUCGUCCACCAUCAUGACUGAAAAGAGUCAGAAAGAAAGUCUAGGUAUUGUUGUGUCCUAUCGAGUCAAGGUAAAGCUCAUCAUGGGAUUUGGUUCAGGAAUGUGGUUUCAAAAGUUAAUCCCUCGAAGACGCCAUGAAAAUGAUCGAAGCACAAAAGAAUUGGCCGUUGAAUUACCAUUCACUUUGACCCACCCCAAGCCCCCAGAUUCACCAGCACCAUCCAGAUCAGCGAGUAUCGCACCAGCAGAAGGAGGUGACGUGCCAAUAGACACCAACCUUAUUCAGCUGGAUACUAAUGGCGAAGCUUUCUAUGGCGACAAGGAUGAUGAUUUUAUUUUUGAGGACUUUGCUCGGCUGCGUCUAAAAGGCCAUGAAGGGGAUGACACUGAAGCUUAGUCACUGACCAAUAUAUUUUCUUGGAGUAGAAUCUGAACAUUAUUUGUAUGUUGUUGGUUUUUUUUUUUUUUUCAGAAACUUGUUUCAUGUUUAUUUUAGUGUGUGUAUGAGCUGCUCUACCAAUGGUAAGGGUCCCUUGGUAUGUUAUACAACCAUCAGAUAUAUACACAGCUAGGUAAACCUUGUGUCACUCAUUGAACCUGAUGACAAAAAACAAGAACCUGAACUCGAUGACUAGUGCAACUUACUAACUUUUGGAAGCUCAAUUUGUUUUAAUUACAUACAGUUUGGAAAAGAAGGGUGAAAGUUGUUUGUUUGGAGCUAUGUACUGUACAUUUUAUAGAAAUUUUUGUAUUUUUAAAGUUUAUUGUAAGCAUGUUUUCUAGGUUAAUUUUACAGUUUAUUGUAAGCAUGUUUUCUAGGUUAAUUUUACAGUUUAUUUGUAAGCAUGUUUUCUAGGUUAUUGUUGUACUGUUUACUUAAUAGUAAAAUCUAAUUUGUCAUUCAGCUAUUUAAAACAAAAUGAUAUUCUACACAAUUUGUGUAUGUGACUAUUUAUUGCUUCAAUCCGGAACUUGUUGUAGCCAGUUUAUUUAUUUGAUGGUUUCAAUUUGGACAUGAUCUUUAGUAGCAUUGUCUUACUGACCAAAGACAAAGCAUUGUUGAAUAAAUUAGAAUAUUGUAUAGUUUUAGGGCAGGGGCUUUUUAUUUGUGUGUUCAUACAGAUAUCUUCUUAGUGUCAACUCUUUAGGUGAGAAGUGUCAGUGUCCACGACAGAAUUGAAAGCUACUCUGUUAGCUCUGUCAUUUGUUUUAGAACUUGCGCUACUUUGCAAUGCAAAUCAUUCUUAACAAAAGUUUGAAGACAAGAGCAACAAUUGCUAAAGUUUGCUAUAAUCUCUAUCAAUUCUGUGGUUAGAUAUCUUGCUAUCAUGCACAUCCCUCUCUUCUGGUACUGGAAGAAGACUCUUUGUCUCCCCUGACAUUGGUUGUGUGAUCUGAUGUACAUACUUCAGUUUUUUUUUCUUGUCACUUUCUUGAUUUGAACUAAUUUAUGCUGCAAGCUUUUUAGAAUGAUGCAUGACAGAACAAGUCCAUCCAUCUCUUCAAAAAUAAAGAGAUUUAUCAAGUUAAAUGCAUUGAUUUUUAUACUUACAAAACAUUCUCCAGAAAAUCAAAGGCUAAGACAUAAGACACAUAAAGUACCUGAUUCAAGCUCCAUAUUAAACUGCAGCUUUUUUUUUUUUGUUUCAUAUAUUUGUUAUGCUUCAGGUUUUUAUUUUAAGCUUACUCUUUUUAUUGAAUGGCAUAUAACUUGAUCAGUUGUUUAUGAUCACUAUCUCAAGGUAAUAGCUUUUACUUUAAACUAUAGUUUUGACACUCUUUAAUAAUUUUAUAUUUUAUGAUAAUGUCAUUCAGCUUAGAACUUGUUUUACAUAUGUUAGUGUAUUAACAUAGACUUUAUUAGAUUCUUUUUAUUUUGCCUACAAAAUGUUUAAUUUAACUUAAUUUUUUUUAUUCUGGUGAAAGACUUCAGAUAGUGGUCAAUGCUAGUGACUAGAGGAUCUCUUCGCUUGAAAGAAUCAAAAUACUCUUAACCCUGAUUCUUUUGUGCUAUUUUCAAUUCAUGAUUUCUAAUUUCAAGUUGUGUGCCCUCAUAAAGAUUACAAAAGUUUGAACUUUGAACAACAGAAAGCUAAGUCAACAGGGUUCGUAGCCACCUUGAAAACCUGGAAAACACCUUGAAUUUCAUAUUAAAUUCAAGGCCUUGAAAAAGCCUUGAAUUUCGUAAAAAACGGUGAAAAAACCUUGAAUUUUAAAACUGGACCUUGAGUUCUUUCCCUCCCGAUACCUGGUGUUUAUUUUCGUUUUUUUCCCGGUUACAUUGAGCUGACCAGUGACGACGCGUCUACACCGCCUUUCACCCACUUGUGAAGCGCGACCUCGUGAUUGAAAACGACCUUGGCUGAAGCAAGCAUUUCACUUAGCACUAUUUUCCUUUCACUGUUACGACUGAAGACGCGCUAGAUCUAGUCUGUAGUGACUAUUGUCUAUAACUAGAGCAAUUAGCAGCCUAAUGUGAAGGCUACACCCCUCCGGGCCCUCCCUCGCCGAAAAUCUUCUUGUUGUAACAGUAAGAGUGACUUCGCGUGGAAAGUCCGUAUAUCAUCUUAUCUUUGUGUCUUUCUGAGUAUUUUAUUAGAUUUUUUAUUUGGAGAUUAUGAUUCAGUGUUUAAGUAUAAUUGCUACCGGUACUUUACUUUUGAGUCUUCUCACGAUCCAUCCUUCUCAUCUAGCUAGAAAUAGUAUCUAGAUUUAGAUCUAAGUUAGAUCUAGUGAAGAUAAUUCGCGCUUAACCUGAAAACUCCGUGAAUUUUAGUUAAUUUAAGGAUCUAGAUACAGGUAGGGGCCUACAUCUAAUGUCUAGAUUGCUCUACAAAUACUCUAGAUUCUAGAUUUACGCUAAAUCACUAGAAUCUAGUGAAGAUAAUUCUCUCACUGCCGUUAAAAGUCCGCGAAGUUUAGUGACAUUGAGUUAGAAUCUAUAGAGUCUAGAUCUACGAUAGAUUCAGUGAAGAUAAUUCGCACACAGCCGUGAAGAAAAGUCCGCCAAUUUAGUGACUUAAUUAGAUCUAGACUGAGAAGCAGUGACAGCCGUGAAAAGUCCGCGAAUUUAGUGACUUAGAUCUAGACUCUAGAUUUACGGUAGAUUCAGUGAAAAUAAUUCGCACACAGCCGUGAAAAGUCCGCGAAUUUUAGGGACUAGAUUUACGGUGAUUCAGUGAAGAUAAUUCGAAAAAAAGUCCGCGAAUUUAGUGACUUAGACUUAGAUCUAGACUUAAUUUACGCUAAUCCAAUAGAAUAUAGAGUGAAGAUAAUUCUCUCACAGCCAUGAAAAGUCCGCGAAUUUAGUGACUUAGAUCUAGACUCUAGACCUAGAUUUACGAUAGAUUCAGUGAAAAUAAUUCGCACACUGCCAUGAAAAGUCCGCGAAUUUUAGGGUUAGAUUUACGGUGAUUCAGUGAAGAUAAUUCGAAAAAAAGUCCGCGAAUUUAGUGACUUAGAUCUAUACUUAAUUUACGCUAAUCCAAUAGAAUAUAGUGAAGAUAAUUCUCUCACAGCUGUGAAAAGUCCGCGAAUUUAGUGACUUAAAUUAGAGUCUAGAUCUACUGUAGAUUUAACGAAAAUAUUUCGCACACAGCUGUAGAAAAGCCCGUAGAGUUAUUUUGGUUGUAAUGUACUUAAAACUGAUGGAAAGCAAGUCAACUGCUAUAGUAAGAAUGAAAUAUUUUUUUUACAAAUCUAUGUCAAUUUAAGAAAAUUUCCAACUUCAGAUUGCGACAGUUUUAGCUGAAUUACAUCUCAUAUUUUUAAAAAGUUAUUCUUCUGUAGUGCAAGCUUGUGUGUGUUUUCUAAUGUAUUAAAAAGUUGCAUUUAAAUGCUUAGGAAACACUAGAGAUGAAUUCUUUUUUAUAUAUAUAUAUAUAUAUUGUUCUUUUUACAUAUUAAUGUCAUAUGUAUGUAAAUAUAUAUACAUAUAUAUUGAUUGCUAUGGUGCGAUGCAUACCUUGAAAAUCUAAAACUCUACCUUGAAAACCUGGAAAAUCAUUCAUGAAAUUGGCUAUGAACCCUGAGUCAAGUGAAUGAUCUGAAACACUUUAAUGCCUCCUGUACUAGACACACAGCAAGAAGAAGGCUGUGUAUGUAUUCAAAACAAAUGUUUCACUUGAAGUCAUCUUCUAGUUCACAGCUUUUAAUGUCACAGUCACUAGAUUGAUUUACCAGAAUAAGUCUUGAUAAAGUCAUAUUUUCUCAUCCAGAUUGUUUUAUUGUUUUGAAGAACAAGACAGCUAAGCUGAACAUCUUAUUUUUGUGUUAUCACUUGAAAACAAAAAGCUGUUUAUAUUUCUAGACUCCUAUACUUUUUUGAGAGUUAUUUUAGCAAUAAGAUUUUAUAAUUAUCUCAUCUUUUAGUGAUCUUACAGUAGACACUAUUAUUGAAUGAAUUAGUUGGAAGUGUUCUGUAUGUUGUUGUUGUAACUAUGGGAUUAUUGAAACAAAUAAAUGCAAAUGUUUUAUUUCUUUAUUGUGCAUCCAUUAUUUUACCAAUACCAUGUCUAUUGAAUUAUUUACUACUAAGUCACUCAAUGUUGUUAUAAAUAUUUUUAAUUUAUGUCCAUUUAUUUAGCUCUAAUUAAUAAUUACUUGUUUCUAUGACCCACUAUAAAUAUAUAUAUAUAACAUGAGUUUUUUUUCUUUCUCUGAGGGAAGCUACUUUUUUGUUUCAUUUACUUUAAAGGGUAGUUCUUCAUUUGGUCUUUUGUUUCUAGAGUCAUUAGAAAUAAGGCAUUUCAAGGCAUGGUCUAUGUCAUGAUGUUCUCAUUGUAGUUUGCUAGUAAGCUGCCACUAAGACUUCAUGUUCUUUGCUCACAGUUUUUCUAGUCACACUCAAGUCUGAUCCCAGACAAAGCUUCAAAGUUCUAGUCUUAGUGUCAAUGUAAGAACCAGUGUUUGAGUCUUUACACAUUAAUAAGAACUUUGUCUCAAGAUGGUGUAUUAUGUAAAUCUUCAUUUGUUCUGACAUAGUCCCGCAGUCCUGGCUUGCCCCAAUGACUCUAGAAACAGCUGUUCAAAGUGAACCAUAAGUUCUAACAAGAGAACUCUUAUUGUGUUGAAAAUAUUUUUUUAAAUCAAAAUAGUAGUUUGGCUUUUAAAGAAAAAGCACUUAGUCAAAGAUUAAAAUUCUAAGAAUUUUAAGCUGUGACAAUGUGGCUUCCAGUAAAACUUGACUCUAUCUGUACUUCCACUUGUAUGGUCUUAAUAUUAUUGCUUCAUUAUAUUUCUACCAUAAGGUAUAAAAGAUUUUUUCAAAGCAUGCCUACAUAUUCUCUCUUAAGGAUAUUGCAUCCUCAGAAUUGAUCAAUGUGCAUAAUUCUGUUCUCUUUAUGGAUGUUGGUGUCUGCUCUAUUGUUUGUCGGAAAAGACAAAAUUUAGUUUUGCUUCCAAUCUAUUUUGAUGUUGUUCCCUUACAAGUGUCAUGGGGACAAGCUAGCACAUCUGUGACCUUUUCCUCCGUAGGGACUCAGCAUCAGGGCCUAUGUAUCAUUGAAUGUAUCAAUAUUUAUAUACCAUACUUACAUCUAAAUAAAUAUAGUUCAUUCUUUUUUUUUUUUUUUUUUGUUAUUGUUGUUGUUGAUUUAUUGAAUGUUUUCAAGUUGAACAAGGACAAACUUGUGCAAUAUUUAAUUCCCUGUAUUCAUUGUGUCAUCAUGUCUCUGAGUUGUAUCCCUUGUUAUUCAUGUCGAAGUAAAUAUCUAACCCUGUGACUUUUGGGAUAUACAUAUAUUUAUCUUUAUACAUAUUAGGAAAUCAGAAGUUUGAAUUAAUUGUAGAUAGCUGUGAGAAAAGACAAAAUAGAUUUCUUUGGUAAUUGUGAUGUUGGCCCUUUGAAUAGUUCUUCAGUCAUGAAAAUAUAUUAAAUCUCAAGUGACUUUGGUGAAAGCAAUGUGAAGUUGACAGGUUCCUGUACUUUUACCUUCAGUCUUGCUGCUAGUUUCAGAGAAAUCAAAGUGUUUGGUAAAAUACAAAGUAUAUUGUAACAUGACUUUUAAAACUUUUCUUGGGCCAUCAUUGCAAUAGUGUUAGUUUUUAAACCUGUUUAUUCAACCUUUUUUUUUUUAAUAAAUUCUAAGGUAAUAAAUGAAAUAAAAGUGAAACUCUUUGUACAUUAUUUUUCAAACUACUUUCAGGAUUGUAUGUUAAAACUAGCCCCUCAGUGUUUUAAACUUCUGUUGUUUAGGUAAUUUUUUUUAUUGUGAUUUCGAUACUGACUCUAUGUAAUUGAUUUAUAUUUCUAUACAUACACAUAAUUAAACAAACAAAACUGAUUGUCCAUAUAUUUUUUUAAAACUUCCUAGCUUUUGUGUAUUAUAUCUAAUAAACUAUUGAACAAACUGUGAGGACAUGACCUAUAUAUUCUAGAACUGUUACUCACUCCUAUAUAUUUGAAUAUCAAACUUCUCCUUGCUAGGCUGGGAGAGCUUCUAUAGAGCUGUCGCAACAAUCACCUCCCAAUACAUCUUGAUGUGUUUGUAUUUUCACCAAAGUCCUAAAAAUCCAUUGAACUGUGCCCAACACUGACUGUUGUAUUUGGUCCUAUCAGCGCUGUCACAUUUAGUCUUCUGCUAGUUCUCUAUUAACAAUAAAAAAUCUUUGGUUCUAAA